GUAGUUCGCGAAUAUGUUGUUUGGACGUAUUAGUUGCAUUUGACUUUGCAAGACGACAACUGUUAAUUCAGUCACCCUAAGGAUCGUAUCUUCGGAUAAUUCUUCGUGACAGUUUGACGUGUGUAUAAAAUUUACGGAUAAUGGAUGAGGAAGUUCUAACUACUCUGAAGAUACUGAUAAUAGGCGAGAGUGGUGUUGGAAAAUCCAGUUUAUUAUUGCGUUUUACGGAUGAUAAUUUCGAUCCUGAUCAACCAUUAACAAUUGGCGUGGAUUUCAGACAUAAGAAACUAAAAGUCAACGGAAAUUGGGUGAAGUUAGCAAUAUGGGAUACGGCAGGCCAGGAGCGGUUCCGAACCCUCACGCCGAGUUACUACAGAGACGCACAAGGUGCCAUUCUAGUCUAUGACAUCAGCAACAGGACAUCAUUUGAUCGGUUGGAGACGUGGUUGAAUGAACUGGAUUUGUACUCCAACAGACAAAACAUUGUUAAAAUGGUUGUCGGAAAUAAGAUAGAUGUGGAACAAGAGCGGCGCGAAGUGACGAAAGAGGAAGGCCUGAGCUUCGCCCGGAGGCACGCAACACUGUUCAUAGAAUCCAGUGCCAAGACGCGCGAAGGGGUACAGAUGGCUUUUGAAGACCUUGUGCAGAAGAUAAUUGAACAGCCUGGCCUGUGGGAGACAGGAGGUCCGGGUUCGAUCCAUGUGCGAGAAGAGGACAGUGGUGAAGGUGCUCCGGCUUGUGCUGGGUGGAAGUGCCAGCUCGUCUGAGGUCUGCGGCCGGCGCGUCGGCCAUCUGGGAGGGGUGUGCUGGGACGCGCGUGCUUGUGUAAAUUGAGGCAUACCUGGAGACUCCUACUGAUAUGGCAUCAAAUCCUAUCGGUUCUCAUUUUGUUACACUGACUAACAAGUUGUGUUGUAAUGCAGGCGUAAUGUCAUUGGGAAGAGCGGGAGGGAGGAGCUAAGAGAGAUGUAACAACUGUAUCAUAUGGUUGAUUUUUAAACUGUCAUUUUUAUCAGUACUGUCUUGUGCAGUCUUGUUUACAAAUGGAUGCUUUUUAGAAGUUUAAAUGAAUGUUGGAUAUUAAUUUUGUAGAAUUGUGUAGUCCACAGCACUUGGUAAAUUGAAUGUAUAUAGCAUAAUGCAUUUUUGUAUGUUUCAAUAUGUAGAAAUCUGAAAUAAAUUUUGUGAAGCUCGUGCCUGUUACACUUUGGCCUAACAGCUGUCUUGUGAAUGCAGAGAAAGAGCAAUGUUGUAGUGGGCAUUCCCUGUAUUGGGCCUGUUCGUCAUCUUUGUAACGUUGUUAUUAUUAUUAUUAUUAUUAUUAUUACUAUUAUUUCUACUACUAAUAUAUUACUAAUAAUAAAGGAUAUUUAAAAGAACUGAGUGUGGGACCAUGAUGAGAAAGAACUGUUUUAUAUUGAGAAAUGUGAUGGUAUUUAUAACUGUUUAUUACAGUCAGGUUGUCAUUAGAGACCAACUUCAAAUCUCUGCAGCUCUGUUACAGCAUAACGUGUUAGCUUCAGUGCUAUUUAUGGGUUGGCUCAACAUAAGAUACUUAUUUCACUGCAAAAUUAAGAAAUUACAACUGUGACUAUAACUAAUAGGUUUAAAAUUUACAUGAAUGCUGAGUAUUUUAAUUUGAUUUAUCAUACACUCUUUAUAGUGCAUAACCACACCUGAUGUGUGCGGUCUUAAAACAUGUGGUUAUGCAUACAAUACUAGAUCAUUCCUGGUGAUGUAGUCCCACUGCAAACUUGGAAUUGAGGUUUUGGAGUGCAGAUAACCACUAGAAUUACAGAAUUACUUAUGUAAGUCUCUUGCGCACAGCCUUGUCUGCUUACUCGUCAACUCAUAGUACACCAGUUCAGUUUUCACACACUUAUUCUCACAUCUUAAUAAAUCGUUAAACUGCAGGGAGUUUGACAGUCCUGAUAUUAUCUUCACACAAUAAAUCUCGGGGAUUUAUUGAAAAAUUGCAGAUUGACACACUUGCAGAAAUUAUAACUCGGAGCAAUCUGUUCUUUCCACCUUUCAACUACUCCAAAAAAAGAUGUCACUUUUGUGUGCCCUCAGACAUUCGUGUCAAUCUUCAUACAGCAGGGUGCAUGCCUAAUAUUCCGUGAAGUGGACUGCAUUACAUGAUAGUGAAACAUCUGGAAAACUAGAAAUUUUCAUGGAAAAAUGAAUUUACUGUUGCACAUUAUGAAGUAAUUCUUCUACGGAAUAGAUGUUGUCAGUCAGGUAGAAACAUUUUCCAAGUUUACCUUUUCUGCCUGUCUGCUAUUUUACAUUAAGUGAUCAAAAACAUUGGCAGCUGCUUUCUGCCCAACUUUUCGUACUAGACGAGCUUAGUGUGGAAUGAUGAAUGUAAAUUUUUGUCAUGGUAUUGUAGUGAUGUACAUCAUUAAUCCUUUUGAACAGGGUAUUCUACAAAAUAUCACCGCCUUCAAAUUUUACUUCAUGUGCAUCAAAACAGUGGGGCUAUAUUUCAUUACUUUACUGAUUUUGUUUAAAGUGGAAUUAAGUUGUAUAGAGCACAUUACAUCAAGAUUAAUAUUUUGAGUGUGUACCUUGUGCCUUUUUAAAAGGUUUGAACUCAGUGUAUCAUUGAAGCUACAAGUUUCUCAUGUGUACUAAAUUCAGUUUCAUGGUUUCAAAUGUGAACAAUGUUCUCAGUUAACUCACUUCUACUGGUACAACAGUAUUAGUUUUUUAGACAUAAAUAUUGUGUGGGAGCUAAGAUUGUCCCCAAUGGUGGCUGUCUUCCCAUCCUGGUGUUUCAGAAUCGGGAGAAUCGUAUUCAUAAAUCUAUCCUCAAAUGCAGUGUAGUUGGAUCCUCCAGACUGUGUAUGGUUGUCUGAUAUUUGGGUUACGUCCUUUCCCCGAGGUAUUCCAUGUAUGUUUGACUUGUAGCUACAUGUACUGAAGUAAACUGUCCAUCAGCACUGCCACAAAACAUGAGAUGCACUUGUUCUUGUGGAGUUUUGAGUUCUUUCCAGUUACUUAAUACCACAUUUUAUAAUUACUUUCAAAGAACCAGCACCAUCGAUGAGAUUGGUUUCAUCUUAGUUCCAAAUACUGGAACUUGGAAUUCCAACCAGUUAUAUACUUGAAUUAUUAAAGUAUUAGUUAAUUUUGUUCUUGUCAAUUGACGACCAAUGGACAGAAAAAUUUUGAGCAAUUCUUCUUAUUAAGAUAUUGGGUGUCAUGUCAAAAAUGCCUGAAGCUAGUAGACACCAGAGAAAUUGUUUUUAAAUCAGGAGACUUUUCCACCAAGAUAAGAGUUUGCCACACAUCACAGACCAAAUCCUGUUACUCACAAUCCAUAAUUUGAUAAAGAAAUGCAGUGGGUUAUCGUGGUCUGUUUUUAGACUUCUGGUACAUCCCCAACAUUUUCCUUCGUUUCAGCCAGAACGUGUUCCAAAGUAUCAUAUCCCUAAGAAAAGUUAAGGUUUUGGUAAAUAUAGUUUAUUAGUUUUAGUUUUUAAUUUUUUUACACACACCAAGAAGAAGAAAGACUUAAAUUUUCAGCAGCAUUUGAUGUCAAAAUUUUGUCAUUUUUAUUUCACUCAAGGCCUCAGUUACUUUCAUCUGUAUAGUUUCCAUAUGGGUAUGUGCCAACAUUUCUCCUUAGUCACUUACAGACAUAUUUUGUGAAACAUUGACUUGUGACAAAUGCACAGGAUAAAUGAUGACUCGAACAGUAUUUUCCCAAACUUACUAAAGUACAACUUUGUGACACUAACAUGCUGUCACAAAGUUGCCCCAUUAAUCUGUGGAAAUAACUUUUUUUCACUUUCCAAUGGCUGGAGAAAAUGUUACUCAUUUCAUUUUUUUUUUAUUUUAGGGAAUGGUUGGCUCAAACAAUUUCUUUAUAUCAACAUCCCUCAGUCAGCUUUCAAAGCUCCAUGAGUUAAAUGAGUUUCCAAGGAAUUUGCUAACAUAUUUUUCCACCUGCAAACAAAAUAGCUUUGUGACCAGAUCAGGUGUAAUGUGUGUAUUUGUAACUUCCACCACUGAUGUAAGCACAAUGCAAGAAUGCACACAAGAAAAAAGAAGCUAUGUGCUCAUGGUACAAAGUGAAAUAGUGGUCACAAGGUUGUCCAUUUUGGUGUAUGUUUAGUAUUUGCAACAGUAAAGUACCAUUUACCUUCAAAGCCAAGAAAUGAAAAUAUUAAUCAAAAUUCUGCACAAGUAUUGUACCAAAGGGGACUGCUAUUAGAUCUAGAAAUGACAAUAUGCAGUGGCUGCAUAAGUAUACAAAAAGAAACAGUACAGGCAAAUACAUUCAUAGGCUAUGAUACAUAUAAAUACAAACACAUUUGUUUGUUCUAGGCAUCUUCUAGUGAAACAGCUGCACAGGCUUUCGUGUUCAGUUCUGCUCAGUCUGACUCACCAGAGGGAUGUUUGCCUUGGUUCGUGUGUCAGGUUGUGAAAUUGUUCAGUUGUUUCAAAUGGACCAGUCUCUCUCUCUCUCUCUCUCUCUCUCUCUCUCUCUCUCUGAUAGGGAACACAAAUACAGGCGACAGUGACUGGAAAUAGCUUUGGUAGUUAGUUGUGCUGGUACUGUCUUCAUCAUUUUUAUUAUUCUUUUCUGCAUAAGCGAAAUGUUUUUAGGAGAGCUCCUUAAAAAGGGAUGCCAAAUGCCUCCUUGCCAAAAUGGCCUAGCUUCGCCAACUUUAAAUUUUUUCAUUUUUAAAUUUUAUUAUAUUUUUGUUAGGUACUAAAGAAGGGUUAACAGGACUAUAUGGGAAGUUGGAACAGACAGCUGUGUAAACCAUUAAGAGGGGAUGUAUACUGCAGUACAAAACUGACUGGCAGAAAUUUCAAGUGUGUACUUUGCUGACUGAUGGUUUUGAAUUUGUCCAAUUGUGUGCAUGUGUGUCAUUUUACCUGUGAGAAUUCCUCAAUACAGAACUUGUUUUGUAUUUAUGAUGUAAUAGUAACGAGAUACCACUAAUAAAUGGGAAAACCCCAGAGAUGCAAGGCAACAGGGAGAAGGCAACAAGCUGUCUGUAAAUGAUUGGAGCAAUAGAUAAUAUAUGUUGCAAUUUAAUACCUAGGUAUUUGCUCAUAUGAAAACUGAAAGUUGUUCUAAAGUUAGUGUGUGAAAAUUCGUAACUUUGAGGAACAACUUGUCUUGAUUCUUCACCUUGUCUGCUUUGGCGUAGUUGGUGAAAGAACUGUGUGAUCUGACACAAAUGGAAUAAGUCGCUUCAAAACGGUUCAGUGUGCUUCAUAUGGUGGCAUCCGUCACUUGGAACAACUCUGAGCAUUGUCGGAAGUCAGUGAGGGACCUUUGGAGAAAAAAAAAAGCCUUGCCUGUGGUCUUUCAUAUCUGAUAAGAGAGGAGACAUUGUAAAUAGAACACACACACACACACACACACACACACACACACACACACAAGAGUUUUCUACUUUUUUUGUCUGAAAUAAACUGACUUGAAAAAGUACAGUAAUAGAGCAGCAUAUCCUGCUUCCUAAAACCAGUUCGCUAUGUUUUUAUAUAUUUUCUGAAGCGCACAAAUUUCAUUUUAAAUUUUAAAAUAUUUGCGUAGCACAUUUUUCAUUCUUUUCAAUUUCCUAUGGUACGUAGAAAUUACUAUUCCACCUGUAAGAAUGUCCGUAGUUUUACUAUCUCUUGAAGUAAGUUCUGCCAUUGCCAGUUCAUCGCUGCUGAGAGUGUUUACAUUUCGGAGGAGAUUCACUGUACAGUACUGGACAUAAGUGUGCUGUGGUAUUUCUGUAUAUUGAAAAGUGAUAUAACCACAAUUGGAUUGGAUGCUGCUUUCCAUGAUGUGAUAUCCAGUAUUAAUUGACCUUAAAAAUAUCAUGAUUAGUUUGUUUUCUGCAGGUGUGGUAAAGUAUUUAUCCUCUCCUAAAGUCUACUAGUGGAGAUACAGGACAAUCUCUCGAAACAUACUGUCUUAAUAAUAGAAACAUGAUCUGUAUGCAGAAGAAAUGUGUUCUAAAAGAGAAACAAAAUAUGAUCACCAUAUAUAGUUAGAAUUUUCAGCUUUUUGCAAUCAUUGAAUGAUUGAAUGAAUGAAUGAAUGAAUGACUGCAAAUCUACAAAACACAACAUGUUAAAUUUGAAACUGAAAAUGAGAAUAUCUGGUUACAUGAAUGCCAUAACAGUUCUAGGGUAAAUAUGUGUACAACUACAAGACAACACAGAACUGAGCCAUCUGCAGGAUGGCCAUAGUAACAUUUUGCAUUUUUAAGAAAAAUUGCUGCCAAAUGGUCAAACAGUGCACUAGACACAGUGAACCGAUGGAAUAACAUCUGGCUUAAAUGGAAAAAAAUGUUUGUGAAAUAUGCAUUUGUUCUAAAGAUUUAAACCAAUCAUGGUCCUUACAUGUCAGAAUAUACUACUACUAUAAUAAUAAUAAUAGUAUUUAUUGAGCAUCAAAUGGCUUAGCAUUGGCCCAGAAGCAGCAAUUGUUACAUUUUUAGACAUAUUGAGAAACAAUUUUUCUGAAUGUAUUACAUAUACACUUGUGAUUUUAACAUCAUCAUAUAUAAAAUGUUUCAAUGUAGUAAUACUUGGUUCAUAAUUUCAGCUCAACAUCCAAGAAACUGUGAUUCAGAGAAAAACAGUAUCUGAAAAGAAUUUGCCCAGUAUUUUAAGAAGUACAUGUUGUGCAAUUAAUUUAAGCACUAUAACAACAUACUUUGACAGUGUCAGGUGUACUUGCCAUUACCAGUGUUUCACCCAGCACUGCACAUGUGAAGACUGUUCUGUGUCCGGGUUUGCUGUUGACAGCCGGCAGGGCCAGCCUGUGAAUGUGCACCUGGCUGUAAUAUUUUCUGUGGGCAGUCCUGCACAGGCAAGCAGCUGUGUAAAGUGUGCUGGGUUACAUGUGGCUUGUAAUUUUCUAGGAUUCCUUGCAGUUUUUCUGUGUAUUAGUUUCCAUGCUACUUUAUUCUCCAAAUGUUAACUGAGUAGUAGUUUGAAAACUGAUAUACAUGUACAUAUAUAAAUAUUUUUGAUUUUUUUUUCUUUUGGUGGGGUGGAGGGCUGUAAUGUGUACCUCCACCAUGACACGCCCCCCUCCCCCUCCAUCCCCCUUUAUGCUGUGGAUUGACAUGUAUUGUGGAUAGCAUUGUGCAACUUUAAAUGGCUUCUGACAGUUUUCUGUGCUUGUGGACUACAUCAUGAGUAAAUAUAUGUUGCAAAUAAUCAUCUAUAGUCUCUUAAUUAGCACUACAAGAUAAGCUUGCUUAAUUCUGCAGAUAUAUCUUUUCCUAGCCAUUUAAGUUUUAAUUAGGAAAAAGUGUUUAACAUUUGAGUAGGGCUCUUUGUGGACAAUGAAGUGAUGUUUGUAUUUCCAGUGAGCUUGAAUAUGUGUAAUGCUUGUUGCGGGAGACAUGAUACAGGGUUCAGUCUGUGAGAACUGUUGCUUGGGUAAUAAGUUUAUAGACUACACCACAUAGAUUAGUCCUCUGUGAGCUGUGGCAGAGCAGUCAGUUCAGAAGGCAAACUGUUAUUGACAGUACAGAACUGUGCAUUUCGAGACACACUCUGAUUAUCAUGGAGGACAACUGUUGUUGCCAGGUGGGAAUUUUAUUAUUGUUUUUGGUAUAGAAUUAUGUUUCACUAAGCAUUUUGCCACUUUUAAUGCAUUACUGUGGCCUAUAAAACAUGUAAUUGUUGUACAACAUACCUGUUUUUAAUAAAUAAGUGCUAAACAGAAAAACAGUCUGUAUAUCUCAAUAAAUGUUUCAGCUGGUGUGUGCA